CUUCAGGGUUUGCGCAGGCAUUUUUCUGUCGUCGUAAAUUUGCACCAUGAGUAUACGUCCUGAGCCAUGGUUGAUCCUGGGCGCUUUAUUGCUCGGGUUGGUCACUGCCAUCACCAACCCCGACUCAACCUCACAGGCUCUGCGAUUGGACUGGGAAGCUAUCAGUCCCAGUCGUGACCUGACGUACUAUGACUGUUACGAUGGCUUCCAGUGUGCGCGUCUAGAGGUGCCUCUUGACUGGGCCAAUAGCACGGACAACCGUACGGCCAUCAUCGCCAUCGCCAAACUACCCGCAGUAGUCUCCGAUAGUGAUCCAUCCUUCGGCGGUAGUAUUUUUGUGAACCCAGGCGGGCCAGGGGCUUCAGGCGUCUCCUUCAUUCAGAGAGCCGGGCAUAAUUUGCAGAAUUUUGUCGAUAAGCCCAGCCGCCGACACUACGAGAUUGUAUCGUGGGAUCCUCGCGGCAUUGGCCAUACUACUCCAAGCUCUGACUGCUUCCACUCAAAUUUGAUGUCCCGAAAUGCUUGGCUACUGGAGGAGCGUGGAAACGGCGGCCUUGACAAGGGACUUGGCGCAAUUAAGCAUGGCCUGUCGAUGACAAAGGGCUUAUCCCAGCGCUGCAAAGACUCGGAAGAUCAACAUGGAGAUGCCAUGGCGUAUGUGAACUCUCCUAGUGUGGCUCGCGAUAUGGUGCAGAUGGUGGAUAAAGUUGACGAGUUGAGGAAACGAGAGGACACCAGUAAACAUGACGAGCCUCAUCUGGAGCUCAAGAAGCGGACUGGGAAGCCUGAAGGAGAUGCGCCGAGGCUGCAGUAUAUUGGAUUUUCCUAUGGCACAGCGCUUGGUAACUAUUUUGCGACUUUGUAUCCUGGACGCGUUGGGCGGAUGGUGCUCGACGGAGUUGUUAAUGCAGAUGACUAUGCAAAUGGACCGGGCUGGCUCUCCAGUCUUGAUGAUACCGAUGAGAUUCUCGAACAAUUUUGGCGGGGCUGUCAUGAAGCAGGCCCUUCCGUCUGUGCCCUCGCUUCUGCGUCUGACGCAUCCGCCUCCGAUCCUAAAGGCCGCUUCUGGUCUUGGGUAUCCCAUCUAGAUGAAGCCCCACUCCCCGUGGUGACGUCUACAGGGUUUAUUGUCACUGUCACUGGCAAUGACAUCCGCAAACUUGUCGGUGCUACUCUCUAUGAUCCCGUUCCGGGAUUUAAAUCUCUUGCCAAUACGCUUCAUCAGGCUAUGAGGGGCAACACAACUAGUCUGAUCACCAGCAUGUUGGCAAUUGGCCAUAUUCCGGAUCUAGACAAUACCUGCUCCGACAAAAAUAGGACUGCGCCACUUUCGUUCCUCCCCGAAGCACACUUUGCCGUCGUCUGUGCGGACGGUGAUGAUAUCACUAACAAGGACGCUGCCUGGUGGGACAAGUACGUUCAUCGGCUGAUGGACAAGUCAAAAUUGUUUGGCAGUUAUUGGGCCAAUAUUCGCUUUAGCUGCUCAAACUGGCCGUUUCGACCCAACUUGUCAUUCAAGGGUCCUUUCAAAACCCCAAAGGCUGUUCCAAGUCUGACUGCAGGACAUCCAGCUGCUCCAUUAUUGUUUCUGAGUAACCGGCUUGACCCCGUAACACCACUUAACUCUGCCCGCGCCAUGGCAUCUGAUCACCCCGGUGCUGCCCUGAUCAUUCAAGAAGCUAUGGGCCACUGUACUAUUGGCACCGCUGCGAGUGAUUGCACUAAAAUGAUUGUCGCUGACUAUUUCGAAUAUGGCACGGUACCGUCGGGAGAAACGAUAUGCAAAACACAAUGCGGGCCAUGGGACGAGAACUGUAGUGGUUACCCUACCGUAGAUGUAAACAGAAGCAAAUCUACAAGAGGGCAAUUUCGAGACGGUUCUCUUUCUUCAGCUAUGAGAAUGUUUCCUCUAGGGGUAUGAAAAGAUAAAGAAUACACAUAAUGAUGUCUAAAUAAAGGUGUAUAAUCUGUAUUUUUAUUCAAUUUUUAGUUGGAGCUAUAGCUAGGCCUGGAGGCUCGAACUCUAGCCCUUUAGAUUAGUUAAAGGUAUGAACGCUAAAACUAUAAGAAAUAUUAGUCUUAUUUCGUAUAGUGA